AUGGCGAUUCAAAAGAAGCACGGCAAAGGCCGUUUGGACAAGUGGUAUAAGCUUGCUAAAGAAAAAGGCUAUAGAGCAAGAGCUUCUUUCAAACUCGUGCAAUUGAACAAGAAAUAUGGCUUCUUGGAAAAGAGCAAGGUCCUACUGGAUCUUUGCGCUGCGCCCGGAUCUUGGUGUCAAGUUGCUUCCGAAGUUAUGCCUGUCAACAGUCUGAUUGUUGGUGUUGAUCUAUCACCUAUAAAACCAAUACCGAGAGUUAUCACGUUUCAGAGCGACAUCACGACCGAGAAAUGCCGAGCCACGAUUCGGCAGCACUUGAAAACAUGGAAAGCCGACACUGUUCUUCACGAUGGUGCGCCCAAUGUCGGUACUGCAUGGGUGCAGGAUUCGUUCAACCAGGCAGAACUUGCGUUGCAAGCCAUGAAGCUCGCAACGGAAUUCUUGGUUGAGGGCGGUACUUUUGUCACGAAAGUUUUCCGGUCGAAAGACUAUAAUCCGUUGUUGUGGGUUUUGAACCAACUCUUUACCUAUGUCGAAGCGACGAAGCCGCCGUCCUCUCGCAACGUCUCCGCCGAAAUCUUCGUUGUUUGCAGAGGUUAUAAGGCCCCGAAGCGCAUUGAUCCUCGUCUCUUGGAUCCUCGAUCGGUAUUCGCUGAAUUGGCUGGUGCCACGCCCAACAACGAAGCCAAGGUCUAUAAUCCUGAAGUGAAGAAGAGAAAGCGAGACGGAUACGACGAAGGCGACUAUACCUUGUACAAGCAAGUACCUGCCAGUGAAUUUAUACAGACCAUGGACCCGAUUGCGAUCUUGGGAAGCUCCAACAAACUCACAUUUCAACAGCCUCCAAAUGGAGACGUUGCGUUGGCUGCCUUGGACAAGCUUCCGGAGACAACACCAGAAAUCCGGACCUGUUGCUCUGACUUGAAGAUUCUGGGACGCAGAGACUUCAAGCUCCUCCUGAAAUGGAGAUUGAGAGUUCGAGAAAUAUUCGGCCUGGCUACGAAGGAGAAAGCGGUAGCUGCAGCAUCAGAAGAAGUUGCCGAGGUUGAGGAAAUGGACGAAGAGCUCAAAAUCGAGGAAGAGCUACAAGCCAUGCGAGAUCGAGAUGGUUCUAAGAAGAAGAGGGAAAAGAGGAGAGAAAAUGAGAAGAAGCAGAAGGAAAUUGUUCGCAUGCAGAUGAACAUGAUCAGCCCGAUGGACAUUGGCAUGGAAGAAGCAGGCCCGGUUGGAGAAGGCUCGAUGUUUACGCUGAAAUCCGCGGAUAAGACUGAAGCCAUGCGUCGACUGAAUCGUGGAAAGAUGGCAACAAUAUCGGAUGCCAAGCCUGUGCUCGAGCAGGGUCCUGAUAGCAAUGACGACGAGAGUGAUUUAGAGGAAGACCGACUUGAACGAGACUUGGAUUCUAUGUAUGAAAAUUUCAAGGAGCGCAAGGCUGAAUACGAUGCGAAAUAUCGCGCCAAGAAAGCAAGAGAGCAGCGAGGCGAUGAGGAAUGGGAAGGUCUUUCUGCAGGCGAGGGCGAGGAGUCCGAUUCCAGCGCUUUAGAAGAAGAGGACGAAUAUUCCUCUUCAGACGAGGAUGACGGUCCAGCCGAAGGACUUCUGAAACGCUUUGAGGAAGAUCAAAGAAACGCAAAUGGGCUUUCUAGCCGGGCUGCUGCGUUUUUUAACCAAGAUAUUUUCAAGGGAAUUACCGAAGCACUGCCAACGGCUGGAAAACCCGGGGAGCAGAUUGUUGACGAAGACGAGGAGAUCCGCAAUUUGAAGCGCACAACUAGGACUUUGGAGGAGGGACAAAGCACUCUGACGAAGAGAAGCGGCUUUACUCGUCUGACUGCGAAGGAGAAUGUUGACAAAAUCGAAGUCGUUCCUGGCGCUGAUGAGGAAGACGAUUGGGAGAGAAAGGAAACGAGGCGCCCGGAUGGAAACCUAGAUAUCGAUAUUAUCACUGCCGAAGCCAUGACACUAGCACACCUGUUGGCUAGUGGAAAGAAGACCAGCCAGGAUGUCAUUGAUGAUGGCUUCAACAAGCAUGCUUUCCGCGACCGCGACGGCCUGCCUGAAUGGUUCAUUGAAGAUGAAUCGAGGCAUGACAAGCCUCAUAAGCCCAUUUCCAAAGCUGCUGCCCAAGCUAUCAAGGAAAAGCUGCGUGCCUUCAACGCUCGACCAAUCAAGAAGGUCCGGGAAGCGAAAGCCAGAAAGAAGAUCAAGGCUGCACAGAAGUUGGAGCGCCUUAGAAAGAAGUCAGACAUGUUGGCUGCCGAUGAAGGCAUGACGGAGAAGGAGAAGGCUGACAGUAUUACAAAAAUGCUGAGUAGAGCCGCCCGGAAGAAGCCUAGCCAGCCGGCUAGACUCGUCGUAGCGCGUGGUGCGAACAAGGGUAUCAAGGGCCGACCUAACGGCGUUAAGGGUCGUUACAGAAUUGUUGAUGCGAGAAUGAAGAAGGAGCUCAGGGCGCAAAAGAGAGCAUCGCAAAAGAAGAAAUAG